UUGUUAAGGAGACACUCAGGGUUGAUCCACCAAUUCCUCUUCUCUCACGUAUUUCGAAUAAAGAUGAUUUUAUUAAUGGUUAUUUUAUUCCAAAAGGAACUCGAAUAAUGAUCCCAAUAAGCACAAUACAUAAAUUACCAUCAAUUUGGGGUCCGGAUCCAAAUGAAUUCAAACCUUCUAGAUGGCUUGAUCCAAGCAUCUCAAAGAUAAAUUCCAAUUAUUCAUGGAUACCAUUCCUACCUGGAGCACGAGGUUGUAUUGCUUAUAAAAUGGCUUUGAAUGAAUUGAAAGUGAUAUUAGCAAUUUUGAUCAGGAACUUUGAAUUUAGGGAUGAAGGAAAA